GCAAAAGCGAAAACGCCUAGUUGAUACGAAAUGGUGAAGUCAGAGAAGAAAGCCAAGGUAGAGCGGAAGAAGAGGAAACCAUCGCGACCCGCCGCUAAUAUCUCAGACCUACGCUCCAGUGUCGAGAAGAAGAAAGGUUUCGCGGAGCUGCGCGACGAUCUGUUCCGCGAAGCAGCGAAACUCGUCGCCGAAGAUCCCUCCCAGAGAAUCGCGAUCCUCAUCAAACCUCCCGCCUCCGAAUCGAGCGUCGCUAUGCAAUCGUUCGGGUAUCCGUCUGCGGAAGGAGUGGUUCGACAGUUCCUCAAGGAUUCUGCUCCUCAUGUUCCUUUACCAGAGGACGACGCUGAGAAGGACGAAGAGGAGGACGAGGAUUGGUCUAAGUAUUACUGGUGGGAAGAUGAGAAGCUGCUUAAUUCGAAGGAUCCGGUGGAGAUUAUGGCGGCGAUGGAGGAGAUGAAGAAACUUCAAAAGCAACUCGAGCAUUUUGUUCCACGUGAGACAGGUCAAGGCUCUGGGACUCAGGACGAUGGAUCAAAACCCUAAUUGCAAGAUGGGAUUCAUGUUCAAGUCUUCCAUCUCCAGCGACGUCGUUUUAGGUUUUAAUUAUAACUAUGAUCAUUUGCUUUGCCCUGAGUUAUAUUGUAAGUUAAUAAUUUCGAGUCAAGACUAUGUUUUACAUUUGAUUAUCUUGUGGCUUCUCUAUUGGUAGAGCUAAACUUGUAGUGGUACUUACAAAAACAUCAACGAAUCUUAUGACUUCUUUAUACAA